CUGUGUGAAUCACUGUAAGAACAGGACACGAAAAUACCCUUCAAAAUCCAAUAAAAGAAAGAAACUCCCCGAAUUGACCUCUCUCUCUCUCCCCCUCCUCUCUUCACUAAUUACUCAACUCACAAGCAUCUUGCAAUCACUCCACUUUGCCUUUGGCUUUGCUUUCCCCCCCCCCCUUUCAACCUCACAACGAUUAGCUUAUAUGCAUGUCUGUCCUGAGAGGCAAAGGAUUGAUUUUUUGUAUGGAACUCUAAAUGGGUUCAUUAGAGAGUGGAGGAAUCUCCUUCAAAAGAGACAGCAACAAUCUUAUUCGUUCUCAUUCAGCUGGUAGAACUGAAAGAAACCCUUUUUUGUAUAGACCCAGAUCGAGACUUUCUCGUUUCUUGCUUUUCAAGAAGUUAGAUUACAUUCAAUGGAUUUGUACUGUUGCUGUUUUUCUCUUCUUUGUAGUUCUAUUUCAGAUGUUUUUGCCUGGUUCUGUUGUGGAGAAAUCUGAACUAGGCUCUUCUCCAUGGAGAGGAAUGGAGUUGGUUAAUAAGGAUUUGUUGUAUUUGAAGGAGAUUGGUGGGUUAGAUUUUGGUGAAGAUAUCAAGUUCGAACCUUCGAAGAUAUUACAAAAGUUUCGAAAAGAGAACAGAGAGAUGAAUAUGCCAUUUACUAACGGGACAUUAAGUCGUUUUCCUUAUAGGAAACCGCAGCUUGCAUUGGUGUUUGCGGAUCUGUUGGUUGAUCCACAGCAACUGUUAAUGGUGACUGUUGCUACUGCAUUGCAAGAGAUUGGCUACACAAUUCAUGUUUAUACACUACGAGAUGGUCCUGUGCAAAACAUUUGGAAGAGCAUGGGAUAUCCGGUUACCAUCAUUCAAAUGAGCCACAAACUUGAAAUUGCUGUUGAUUGGCUAAACUAUGAUGGCAUACUUGUGAAUUCUCUUGAAACAAGGAGUGUCAUCUCUUGUUUUAUGCAGGAACCUUUUAAGUCCGUGCCUCUUAUAUGGACCAUCCAUGAAAGAGCACUUGCUAUUCGUUCAAGACAGUACACUUCAAGUUGGCAAAUUGAGCUUCUGAAUGAUUGGAGAAAAGCUUUCAACCGGGCUACUGUAGUAGUCUUCCCAAAUCAUGUCCUUCCGAUGAUGUACUCUGCAUUUGAUGCUGGAAACUAUUAUGUUAUUCCUGGUUCCCCUGCUGAAGUAUGGGAAGCAGAUACUACAAUGGCAUUGUACAAUGAUGAUAUACGCGUGAAGAUGGGCUAUGAGCCCACUGACAUUGUCAUUGCAGUUGUGGGAAGUCAAUUUUUGUACAGGGGUUUGUGGCUGGAGCAUGCGCUUGUUUUGAAGGCCCUGUUACCACUUUUGCAAGACUUUCCAUUGGAUAGUAAUUCAAUUUCUCAUCUCAAAAUCAUUGUUUUAAGCGGGGAUUCUACCGGUAACUACAGUGCAGCUGUUGAGGCUAUUGCUGUUAACUUGAGUUAUCCAAGAGGUACUGUAAAACACUUUGCUGUUGAUGGUGAUGUGAGUAGUGCCCUUAGUGCAGUCGAUCUUGUGAUAUAUGGAUCCUUUCUUGAGGAGCAGUCUUUUCCUGAAAUUUUGGUGAGAGCCAUGUCCAUAGGAAAACCCAUCAUAGCCCCAGAUCUCUCCAUGAUCGGGAAAUAUGUUGAUGACAGGGUGAAUGGCUAUCUUUUUCCCAAGGAAAACCUCAAGGCUUUGACACAGAUUGUAUUGCAAGCGAUCUCCAAAGGGACAUUAUCACCUCUAGCUCGUAACAUUGCUUCAAUAGGAAAAAGUACAGCUAAAAACCUGAUGGUUCUAGAAACCAUUGAGGGCUAUGCUACACUACUUGAAAAUGUUCUCAAGCUUCCAUCAGAAGUUGCACUUCCUAAGGCUGUUCCAGAAAUUCCUCCAAAACUAAAAAAAGAGUGGUGCUGGAAUCUAUUUAAAGCAUUUCUAAAUUCAACACAUGAAGACGUAACUUUGAAAAGUUCUAGAUAUUUAAACAAGGUUGAGGAACAGUGGAACCAUGAGCAAGGAGAGAGCACUGGUUCAAUUGCCGCUACCGAUGAUUCAUUCUCAUAUGACAUUUGGGAGGAAGAGAAAAAUAUUCUGAUGCUCAAUACUAGAAAGAGAAGAGAGGAAGAAGAGCUAAAAGAUAGAACUGAUCAACCUCGUGGAACAUGGGAGGAAGUAUAUAGAAGUGCCAAAAGGGCUGAUAGGUCCAGGAAUGAUUUACAUGAAAGGGAUGAAGGAGAACUUUUGAGGACAGGGCAACCGUUAUGCAUAUAUGAACCAUAUUUUGGGGAAGGAACCUGGUCUUUUCUUCAUCUAAGUUCACUUUAUCGAGGAAUAGGAUUGUCCACAAAAGGUCGAAGACCCAGGACAGAUGACAUUGAUGCACCCUCCCGUCUGUCACUUCUCAGCAACUCAUACUAUCGAGAUGCCCUAGGUGAUUAUGGAGCUUUUUUUGCAAUUGCAAAUCGAAUUGACCGUAUUCACAAGAAUUCUUGGAUAGGGUUUCAAUCUUGGAGAGCAACGGCAAGGAAGGCAUCUUUGUCUAGGAUUGCUGAAAAGGCAUUGAUAGAUGCUAUUGAAACACAAACGCAUCGGGACGCGGUUUACUUUUGGGUUCCCAUGGACAUGGAUCCAAGAAGUCACUUAAGGAGGGACUUUUGGUCUUUCUGUGAUGCUAUAAAUGCUGGAAAUUGCAAGUUAGCUUUUUCCGAGGCUUUUAAGAGGAUGUACGGCAUCAAGCAUGAUUUGGAUUCUUUACCAUCCAUGCCUGAAGAUGGGGAUACAUGGUCUGUCAUGUUGAGUUUUGCUUUGCCAACAAGGUCCUUCCUAGAGUUUGUAAUGUUUUCAAGAAUGUUUGUGGACGCAUUGGAUGCACAGAUGUAUGAUGAGCACCAUCAAAGUGGGCGAUGUUAUCUGAGUCCAGCUAAGGAUAAGCAUUGCUACUCACGGGUUCUUGAGCUGCUCAUAAAUGUCUGGGCAUACCACAGUGCACGACAGAUGGUGUACGUGAAUCCUGAGACUGGCCUGAUGAAGGAGCAACACACGGUCAAGAGCCGCAGAGGCAAGAUGUGGGUUAGAUGGUUCUCAUACAGCGUUCUUAAGAGCAUGGAUGAGGACUUGGCUGAAGAGGCAGAUUCUGAUCGGCCCAAGAGAAGGUGGUUAUGGCCUUCAACGGGUGAGGUUGUAUGGGAAGGUGUAUAUGAGAAAGAGAGGAAUCUACGGAAUCAUCAGAAAGAGAAGAGGAGGCAACAAAGCAAGGACAAACAACAAAGAAUGAGGAAAAAACACCGUCAAAAAGUGUUGGGAAAAUACGUGAAGCCCCUACCAGAAGACAUAGAAAAUUCAAACUCUACAAUGUCUACGUCAGAAACUUUAUAGCAUUAAGUUCACCCUUCCGACUAUGGGCAGCAUUUGGAGGUGGAGUCUAGCUCGAUAAUUCUUUUAUAUUUGAUUUUUCCUCUUCAGUUCUUAUUUGGCAAAAGGGAUGCAUGUGUUUGUAUCUUUUACAUGAAGGGGCUUGUAUGUAACUAACUGCAUCCCUACGUCAUUAGUGUUUGUGAGUGUAUCAAGUGUAUACUAAUUUGCCUGUUCUUUUCAUUUUUUUCACCCCAUUGUAGAAGCUAUUACAUUCAUAACCACAAUGAAAGAUGAAAGAAGAAUUGUGUGAGUA